AUGGCUUCCAGAACUUUAUUGGCAAAGGAUCUCUCCUGUCCUGUCUGCUGUAAACUCUUCAGGGAUCCUGUUCUCCUGCGAUGUGGUCACAGUGUGUGUAAAUCCUGUCUGCAGAAGUUUUGCAACACCAAAGGAUCCAACGAAUGUCCAGUUUGCAAGGGAAAGUCUUCACUGGACCCUACAUUAAACCUGGCUUUAAAAAAUGUGUGCGAGACUUUCUUACAGGCGGAAAGUCAGAGAGCUUCAGGAAAGGCUGAACCACUCUGCAGUCUACACAGCACGGAACUCAGACUCUUCUGUCUGGACGAUGAUCAGCCUGUGUGUUUGCUAUGUCGGGAUUCUAAAAUGCAUGCCAACCACAGGUUCCGUACCCUUAAGGAGGUGGCUCAUGACUACAAGGAUAAAGUCAGUGCUGCACUGAAGUCCCUAAAGGAGAAACAGAUGAUCUUUAAAGAAAGUAAACUGAACUGGGAUCAGGUUGCCAAACAUAUAAAGACUCAGUCCCAGGACACAGAGAGGCAGAUUAAGGAGGAGUUUGAGAAGCUCCACCAGUUUCUACGAGAUGAAGAGGCAGCCAGGAUAGCAGCUCUGAGGGAGGAAGAGCAGCAGAAGAGUCAGAUGAUGAAGGAGAAGAUUGAGAAGAUGAGCAGAGAGAUAGAAGCACUUUCAGAUACAAUCAGAGCCGUAGAAGAGGAGAUGGGAGCUGAAGACGUCUCAUUCGUACAAAACUACAAGGUAACAGUGGAACGAGCCCAGCGCAAACUCCAGGAUCCAGAGAGCCUUUCAGGAAAAUUGCUCAAUGUAGCAAAACACCUGACCAACCUGAAGUUCACAGUCUUGGAGAAGAUGCAGGCAAUUGUUGAGUCUUCUCCUGUAACUCUGGACCCCAACACUGCUCAUCCUAAACUCAUCCUCUCUGAUGAACUGACCACUGUGAGGCUCGGUAGUGAGAAACAGCAGCUUCCAGGUAGUCCAGAGAGAUUUGAUUAUCAGCAUUUUGUCCUGGGAUCGGUGGGCUUUAACUCAGGGACGCACUGCUGGGAUGUUGAAGUUGGAGACAGUAAAUUCUGGGGUCUGGGUGUGAUUGAAGAGUCUGCUAACAGGAAAGGAAACGUAGACUCCAGGAGAGGAAUGUGGGGGAUGCUGUUGUAUAACAGUGUAUAUUCAGUAAGUUCUUCACCACAAAAACCCACUCCCCUCCCAGUAAAACACAAAGUCCAGAGGAUCACAGUGCAGCUGGACUGGAACAAAGGAAAACUGUCAUUCACUGAUUCUCUCACUAAAACACACUUACACACUAUAAAACACAAAUUCACUGAGAACGUAUUUCCAUUUGUCUAUGUUGGUGAUGUUGACUCUUAUAUGAAGAUUUUACCUGUUUGCUAG